AAGAAACGUCGACGUCCUCUCGAAUCUGUAACUCCAUUGAAACUGGGAAAAUUUGAAAAUUCCCAAUUUCUAAGACCUAAUUUGAGAAACUAGGUUUGUUCUUUUCUCUUUUCUUCGUUUCAAUUACUUACAGGUUUGGGGACUUGGACUCUCCUUUGUUUUCAAUUCGUGUGUUUCUGAUGCUUAAGGGUUUAUUAAUCGAAACUGUAACUGUAAAUUGCAAAUGUCAUAUGCUGAAGCUUUUGACAUUGAAAAGUUUCAGUCUUUUGUAAGCAAAAAGCUUUUGACAUUGAAAAGUUUCAGUCUUUUGUAAGCAAAACGCUUUUGACAUUGAAAAGUUUCAGUCUUUUUGUAAGCAAGCAAGAAGCUUUUUGUAAUUAACCACUUUUGCAGUUUCAAGAAAUGGAAGCAAAUAGAGAGAAGUAUGCUGCUGAUAUAUCUACCAUAAAGGAAGCUCAUGAGCGUAUUAAGCCUUAUAUACACAUAACUCCGGUGUUAACAUCUGAAUCUUUGAAUAUAAUCUCCGGAAGAAGCUUGUUCUUUAAGUGUGAGUGCUUUCAGAAAGGUGGAGCUUUCAAAUUCCGUGGAGCUUGCAAUGCUGUUUUGUCGCUUGAUCCUGAACAAGCAGCCAAAGGGGUUGUAACACACAGCAGUGGAAACCAUGCUGCUGCGUUGUCUUUGGCUGCGAAGAUGCAGGGAAUCCCGGCGUAUAUUGUUGUACCCAAAGGUGCUCCACAGUGCAAAGUUGAUAAUGUGAUCCGUUAUGGUGGUAAGGUUAUAUGGAGUGAAUCAACUAUGUCUUCUAGAGAGACAGUAGCUUCAAAAGUUUUGCAGGAAACAGGUUCAGUUCUCAUCCACCCAUAUAAUGAUGGACGCAUUAUCAGUGGUCAGGGUACAAUUGCAUUGGAACUGCUAGAGCAAAUCCAAGAGAUUGAUGCUAUAGUUGUGCCGAUAAGCGGUGGUGGAUUGAUAUCUGGUGUGGCGCUUGCUGCCAAGUCGAUUAAGCCUAGCAUCCGAAUUGUAGCCGCUGAACCUAAAGGAGCUGAUGAUGCGGCUCAGUCUAAGGUCGCUGGUAAAAUCAUCACUUUACCUGUGACUAAUACAAUAGCCGAUGGCCUUCGAGCUUCUCUGGGAGAUUUGACAUGGCCGGUGGUGAGAGACCUGGUAGAUGAUGUGAUAACCUUGGAAGAUUGUGAAAUAAUUGAAGCAAUGAGAAUGUGCUAUGAGAUACUAAAGGUCUCUAUAGAACCAAGUGGGGCUAUUGGUCUAGCAGCUGUUUUAUCAAAUAGUUUCCGUAGCAAUCCUUCUUUGAGUGAUUGCAAAAACAUAGGAAUUGUCCUCUCCGGAGGUAAUGUUGAUUUAGGCUCUCUAUGGGCUUCGUUUAAGAGUUCAGAGUAAACAUCUUUGUUUAUAGCAUUUGCUUCACUGCUCUCCUUAGUUAUCAGUGAUUAUUGUACCACGGAUUCUUGUUUAUUGUUAUUUGUGGUUUGUAAAAGUGAUUUAAUUUGAGGUUGA